AUGGUGCAUGGUAACCAAAGCAAUAGAGAAAGGCGUGAUGGGGAAGACGAGGACUCAGCUGUGGUCAAGCAUGGUGUGAUAAACAUGAUUUCUGGAGGACUUGGCGGAGGCGGGGCUUUAGGUUUCACUGUUAAUGACUUAACCCCGGUUGCAGGUGAAAUUUCAGGUUUCAAUGCCACAACCACCAAACCCCUCGGAAUGAUAAACUUGCGUUUAUCCCUAGGAACGCCGCCCACAACCAAGUCAGCCGACAUCCAGUUUUUGGUGCUUGAUACCCAGUCAGCUUAUAACGUAAUCCUUAGUAGAAGAAUGUUCGCCGCGUUUAAAGCAAGCGUAUCACACUCUCACCUGGCGAUGAAAUUUGUGGCGAGAGACAACAACGUGGCGACAGUAAAGGGCAACAACCAAAUUCCGUUACUUGAGGAAGAUCAAAGCAAAACGGCGUUCAUUACUCAGAACGCCAACUACUGCUAUACUAUGAUGCCUUUUGGGUUGAAAGAUGCUGGUGCCACAUACCAGCGAAUGAUGAACGAAGUAUUUAAAGACCUAAUUGGCGACAGCAUCGAAGUAUACAUCGAUGAUAUGAUCGCCAAGUCGAAAACUCCUGAACAACACUUAUCACAUCUUCAGGGCAUCUUUGACAGGUUAAGGAAGUACAACAUGCGACUCAACCCAAGUAAGUGCGCGUUUUGA